ACUCCCCUCUGACUGAUACCCAAUCGUCCCAGACCGUCUCUGCUUCUCACCUCAUGGCCAGAUCACCGGCGCUGCUGCUGCUGCUCGCUCUUCUCCUGGCCUGCUCGGGGGCCGCGUCGGCAGCCGCCGCGGCCGGCAGAAUCAAGAGCAAGGCUGCUGCUCGGUCAGCGAGGGCGGAGGCGGAGGCGGGGUGCCGGGAUCUGGCGACGCGCGGCAAGUGCGUGGCGAGCGGCGGUGGGGGCAGGUGCCGGUGGUGCCGCAGCGAGGCGCUCGACGACAUGUGCUUCGGCGCAGCGGAGGCGUGGCGGCUCCCGAAGCAGGUCUUCUCCUGCGACCAGCCCGCCGGCGCCGCGCACGCCAGGAGAUAGCGCCGGCGCCGCUCCUCUGCUCUCGACGCCUUCCCCGGGAUGGGACGAAUCGUUGUAUUCUACUCGCUGGAUGUGGGAUUUACCGAGUGUUCGGUGUUGGUGCGUUGUACUGUCGUGUUACUCAUGUAUACGUACUUGAUUUUAUCGAAACGGGGCUGAUCGCGGCCGAAUUUAUUACUA